UGCCCCCUCCUCCUAGCUUCAUUACUUCACAAACCAGCAAGAACACACAUAAUAAAAGAAAAUGAUAAAAAUGGUGCUAAAGUUUGUCGUGACGGUGAUAGUGUUUGCACAAAUCUUAACUCCAAUUGCUGAAGCUGCUCAAGGAAGAGCCGUGUUUUACGACCCUCCCUACACUAAGUCUGCUUGUUAUGGAAAUCAAUACGAAACGAUGGUGACUGGAGUCAGGAACAAUCUGUGGCAAGGAAGCCGAGCUUGUGGUCGGAGGUACAGGGUUCGAUGCAUUGGCCCUACGUACAACUUUCCAAGAGCGUGCACGGGACGUAGCGUAAUCGUCAAGGUAGUUGAUUUAUGCCGGGAGCCUUGCAAUGGCGACCUUAAUCUCUCUCGUGACGCUUUUAGGGUCAUUGCUAAUACUGAUGCCGGCAACGUCCGCGUCGAAUACACUCCGAUAUGAAGAAUAAGCAAAAGAAGAUGAAGAGUUGAUUUCAUGUGUAGUAUUCCAAUAAAUCGAGAGGAAAUGAUGUAUAAUCUUGCUAAAUGUUAUAUGUAUGGAUGGAUGGUCCUUUGUGAUGAAAUAAUUGUACUUCAAAUAAGAAUUCCACUAUUUCCUACUAAA